AUGGGCUCCUACACACUUCCACUUAAGUGGAAGGAGUCUGUUGGACUCAACAGAGAAGGAUCCGGGAAAUCGUUAGCAUCAUGGACCCUCUCCACGGGAACGAACGCUCUUUGGGUGGGCGGUCCUCUCAACGACACCACUGGUGACAACAGAGGAGGUUACGCCUUCCACGAGACGUCCAGCACCCCGGGGCGUCAGGCUCAGCCGGCUGUGAUGGAGUCCAACGUGCAGUCGCCCACAGGAGCAGAUGGGAAAUGCCUCAAGUUCUGGUACUCGGUGAAUGGGUUGAGUGCCAACCAGCUGCGGGUUAAAGUACGAGGUGUGGGAGCCACAGAGAUGACCACCAUCUGGGAGACCAGAGACCAGACCCGAGGAGACUGGAAGGAGGCCCAGGCGCUCUACACCUUCAACGGCAACCAUACGCUGGUGGUGGAGGCAGUUCCUGCGUCAGGAGUGGACCCAUUCCACAUCUUCCGUGGACACGUGGCCGUAGACGACCUCGGGGUGCGGCCAGGGUUGGAGUGUAUUGGUCUGUGUUCCUUCGAGGGAGGCAUGUGUGACUGGAACAACGCUCGCACUGACGAUUUUGACUGGAAACUUGGCCGCGGGACCCAGAACCCCAUCACAGGGCCUCCGAGGGACCACAGCAGCUCGCAAGGGGACUCGCUAGGAGGCGCCUACGUCUACACCGACUCCGGCUUUCCCCGCAGACCCGACGACAUCGCUAGGCUGGAGAGUAUAGAGUUCCAGGAAACAGACCCCAACAACCCGCCGUGUAUGCGCUUCUACACCUUCAUGUCCGGGAGAGGUGUGGGAUCCCUGCGUGUGAUUCUUCAGGAUGUUGUCUCCAGAAGGGAGCGGGUCCUGUGGGCUCUGGCUGGCAAUCAGGGCUCCCAGUGGAUCAUGGCGCAGCUUCCCCUUUCUUCAAACACUCCCUUUAAAGUGGUGUUUGAGGCCAGCAUCGGGAAGCCUCGGCUGGGGGACAUUGCUUUGGACGACAUCACCAUCAUCUCGGGGCCCUGUGCUACGCUGCCGACGGUGGCGUCUCCGCCCACCUCCGGAGACUGUACGUUUGAGGAGGACAUGUGUGGCUGGGUCAACCCGAACGUCAGGCAACGCUUAGAUGAUGUCGACUUCUUGAGAGUGAAGGCUUCUGAAUUCGUCUUCCCCACUACCGACCACACCACUGGCAACCAACAAGGUUACUACAUGGCGCUGGAGAGCCCAGACAGAAAGUACGAGGGAGAUCGCGCCUGGCUCCUCUCCCCAGUGAUGAAGGGCCAACGCCAGAUUAAAUGUCUCUCCUUUUGGUACUUGAUGUUUGAGCCGCUGACCGAGGCGGAGCCCAACCUUGGUUCACUGAGCGCUUUCUUGAUGCGUGAAGAUGAGCAGAGCUCCAUCGUCCUCACCCCCAUCUGGUCCCUUCAGAACUUCCAGGGGCUCACAUGGUACUUUGGACAAGCUCCCCUCAGAGCUGAUGGAGACUUCAAGGUUGUGUUUGAAGGCGUGUGGGGCGCCGCCAACAGCUCAGGAACCAUCGCUAUCGAUGACAUCAGUAUAUUUGAAGGAAACUGUCCCAGCAUCCCAGACGCAGCGGUGGUGCGUGCAGGAGACUGUACCUUCACCAGGGGCUCCUGUGGCUGGAGGAACCUCACCUCUGAUUCAGACUUCAACUGGAGUAACGCCUCACCCAUUCGUCGACCCAUCAAUAUGAGAGACCAUACUUAUGGGUCUCCAGUUGGGUAUAUCUACUUCGACGUCUUCAACCUCAACUCACGAUCUCAGCGGCUGCAGUUGGUCUCCCCAGUGAUGGAGCCCGCGGCUGACCGCUCCCCCUUCUGCUUCACCUUCUGGUUCGCAGGUUUUGGAGCCGACAACAACACUACCCUCAAGCUCUACCAGCGACCCGCGCAGAGCGACCUCACCCGGCUUAUAAACGAUCUCACAGAUGAUAUUUUAGUCUGGAACUUCAUGCUACAGAGUACCCAGAGGACCGUUGGAUGGCAGUUUGCUCAGGUAGCCCUUUUGUCCGGAACCCGCUUUCAGAUAGUCAUAGAAGGGAGCUCUUACAAUGGUGGCUACACACUGGAUGACUUCAAGGUGUACAGUGGAGCUUGUGCCAGAAGGCCGAGAGAAGUGACAGCUAUUGAACGAACAUAGAAACUGAGCCUACUUAAGGUGGUUAUAAAUCAAAUUUACAUGCUAAACUGUAGAUACAAUAGUUGAUAUCAAAACAAGCAUGUGUUAUACAACUCACAAGUAUCUCCUGUAUUUUACCAGUUUAUCGCACUCGUGCUGUAAUAUAUUCACAGUUUAUGAUUAACUAAACAUUUUGGAAUUCAUGUCUUGGAAGAAAGAUGUUUAAACCAGUUUAAACACAUGAUAGUU